AUGGCGACCAGUUUUCGUACCCAGAAGUCUUUUCUCAUAUGUCUAUACUUCCUACUCUCCCACCUCGUUACCCCAGCAGCCACGAAGAUUGACCGAAAAUCUGUCGUCGGUCAAUUCAAUCCCAAACGAAAUGCCAGCUCGACGGAGACGCCGAUGCAGGUAGGAAACGGAAAUUUUGUCUUCUCAACCGACGUGACGGGUCUUCAAACGUUUCAACCAUUUAACGCGCUCUCCUCGUGGGGAUGGCACAACUCAUCACUUCCCACGGUCCCGGGGCAAACUUCCAUUGGCGACUUCACGGGCCUGCAAUGGUGGACCCAUGGCCGUUUGGUCACUUAUGACCAGCCCAAUCCUGCAGAGGCCAAUAUUUCGCAGUGGUUAAUUGCCAAUCCGCAUCGAAUCAAUCUUGUACGCAUCGGCUUCCAUUUCGAGGGCCGGAAUGUCGUCGAGAGCGACUUGAGGAAUAAGUCUCAGCACCUUGAUCUUUAUUCGGGCAUUAUAUACUCGCAAUUCGCCCUGAACAAUUCCAAAGUCACUGUCCAGACCGCCGUCAACCCUGACAGCGACACUGUUGCAGUUCAAAUCAAUUCGACUCUUUUGAAUGCGGGAGAUUUGGGGGUGUUUUUUGACUAUCCUUACGCCAGCGGACAGAACAAAUUCGAUGCUCCCUUCGUAGGUCUGUUCAACGCCACGUCGAAUCACACCACGUCUCUGAGGGCACAGAAGCAGACAGCCACCAUUCAACACGAUCUGGACGCCACCACGUAUUUCACGGCGAUCGAGUGGCAGGGUCAUGCCACGAUGACAGGUCCCAAGCAUUCGACACAUCGUUAUUUCCUAUCGCCAAACAAAGGAAAUCAGCUUUCGUUCACUGCCAGAUUCACCCCUGCGCAGAGUGAGUCCGGAGGAGCUGCCAACGAUGUCUUCGACUCUUCGGAAACGUGGUGGCAAUCGUACUGGAAUCAUGGAGCCUUCAUUUUGUUUCCGUUGAAAAAUCAUCCUAGAGCCAAAGAACUCCAGCGUCGAGUUAUACUUUCGCAGUAUCUUGUCACCAUCAAUGAAGCUGGGCGGGACCCUCCUCAAGAAUCGGGGUUGACCAAUAAUGGUUGGUACGGAAAGUUCCACCUAGAAAUGGUGAUUUGGCACUCGCUUCAUUUUGGUCUUUGGGGGAAAGAGGACCUUUUAGAGCGACAUGACGACAUUUAUCGGCGAUUCCUGGGUACUUCGCGUCAGCGGGCUCGCGAGAUGGGGUAUGAAGGAGCUCGUUGGGGGAAAAUGACUGAUCCGAGUGGUCGUUCAGCUCCCGGGGAGAUCAACUCGCUCCUGAUUUGGCAGCAACCGCAUCCGUUCUAUUUUGCGGAGGCGGAAUAUCAACGGUCUCCGAACAACCGGACGCUGAAGAAAUGGGAUGAAGUGCUCACGGCAUCGGCGGACUUCAUGACAUCGUACGUGUUUUAUAACCGGUCCCUGGACGUUCUUCAGCUCGGUCCACCAAUGUAUCCGGUCUCGGAGAACACGAAUCCGAAUGAUACGGUGAAUCCCACGUUUGAGCUCGCAUACUGGCGCUUUGGACUCGACAUUGCGGCGAAGUGGAAGCAGCGCCAGAACCAAACAGUGCCCCAGGCAUGGACAUCUCUUACUGACAGUCUGCCACCAAUACCAACGGAAAAUGGAACAUAUGUGAUAUACACCGGCGUCCCCGAUAUGUGGAACGACCCGGACCUCACGUCCGACCACCCCAGCAUGGCCAUGAUAUAUGGUUUCAUCUCUCCGCCGCCUGAUUUCAGCUUGACCAUCUUCAACAACACCAUGCAAAGAAUUUAUCAGACAUGGAAUUUCACCGAGUCUUUUGGCUGGGACUUUCCCAUGCUGGCCAUGGCCGCGGCUCGUUUGGGCGACUAUGAGCGUGCAGUGGAUUUCUUGCUGGACCCCAAUUUCCAGUUCGACGACUUAGGCAUGCCCAUUGGUGGGUCCAGAGUUCCCACGCCGUAUUUCCCGGGCAGUGCAUCAUUGUUAAUGGCGGUGGCGAUGAUGUCGGGUGGAUGGAAGGAAGACCCGGGGUUGAAAUUUCCCAAGGAAUGGAAAGUGCAAGCAGAAGGAUUCCGACCGAUGUUCUUCUGA